AUGACUCCUGCUACAGUCCUGUUACCGAGGCCCCUGCCUGAAGGGUCAAUCCAAUCCCCAGUGCCGUCAGACAUCGACAUAGCUCAGAGUGUAAAGCAUGGUGCAGUGUCGGUGGAGAAUGUGGCGCCGGUUCACAUCCGCAGCGUUUGCGAGUCGCUAGGUCUCGACGAUGAGGACUAUGAUUGCUACGGCAAGUACGCUGCCAAGAUCAACCUGUCUGUCCGAGAGCGUCUGGCUAACAAGCCGAAUGGAAAGUAUGUUGUUGUGGCUGGAGUGACGCCGACCCCACUCGGGGAGGGGAAGAGUACUUGUACCGUGGGGAUCAGUCAAAGCCUUGGGGCGCACUUGGGGAAAAAAGUUUUUACCUGCAUCCGUCAACCCUCGAUGGGCCCUACUUUUGGUAUCAAAGGAGGGGCCGCAGGAGGGGGCUACUCGCAGGUCAUACCGAUGGACGACUUCAACCUUCACCUCACUGGUGACAUACACGCUAUCUCGAUCGCCAAUAACCUUUUGGUGGCUCAGCUGGACACGAGGAUAUUCCACGAGAACACUCAAUCUGAUAAGGCCCUCUUUGAUCGUAUUUGCCCGAUAAUGAAAGGCGGCACCCGCAAGGUUUCGGCGUCUAUACUUCGUCGUCUAGAGCGUUUGGGGUUGCCUACAGAUGUGGACCAGCUGGAUGAGGAGGGUGUUGGCCGCUUGGUCCGUCUCGACAUCGAUCCCGACACGAUCAUGGUGAAUCGAGUUGUUGACGUUAACGACCGUAUGCUCCGCAAGAUAACGAUCGGUCAAGGGCCCAAUGAGAAAGGCUAUACUAGGGAAACCCAAGUGGAUAUUGCUGUUAGCAGCGAGUGUAUGGCUAUCCUCGCACUGGCGACUAGUCUGGAGGACAUGCGAGACAGACUGAGGAGGAUGGUCGUUGCCUACAGUAAGGCGGGCAACCCUGUGACGGCAGACGACCUUGGGGUUGCGGGGGCAAUGACGGUGCUUUUGAAAGACACUAUCAACCCUACUAUUAUGCAGACCCUCGAGGGAACACCAGUUUUCGUCCAUGCGGGCCCGUUCGCCAACAUCGCCCAUGGCAACUCCUCGAUCGUUGCUGAUCAGGUCGCCUUGAAACUCGUCGGGCAAGAUGGAUACGUUCUGACCGAGGCCGGCUUUGGGUCGGACAUCGGCAUGGAGAAAUUUAUGGACAUCAAAUGCCGCUACAGUGGACUCCGCCCGGAUGCCAUCGUCCUCGUUACUACUGCUCGUGCCUUGAAGAGCCAUGGUGGCGGCCCGGCAGUGGUGGCUGGGAAGAAGAUGGACGACGCGUACACAACAGAGCGACUCGAUCUAGUUCAGAAGGGUCUUGGCAACCUCCAGGCCCAUAUUGAUAUUGGAAACCAAUUUGGGGUUCCAGUGGUCGUGUGUGUGAACAAGGUGAAUACGGAUUCUGAUGCUGAGUUGAAGUUGAUUGUUGAUGACGCCCUAAAAAGUGGCGCUGCAGCAGCUGUGGUUUCGGAUCACUGGGCCCGCGGUGGCGAGGGAGCUGUUGACAUCGCCAGGAAGCUCACCGAGGUUUGCGAGAACGUCAGGUCGGAUUUCAAGUUCGCCUAUCCUCUGGACAUCUCGAUCAAGGACAAGAUUUCUGCUAUCUGUAUGAAGAUCUACGGUGCUGUGGCGGUAGAGUAUGAAGAAGCGGCAGACUUGGCGAUAGAGCGUUUUGAGAAAGCUGGCCUCGGCAAGCUCCCGAUCUGUAUGGCCAAGACCCAAUACUCCUUAUCGGCGGACGCCACUCUGCGUGGAAGACCUACCGGAUUCACUAUAAAAGUGAAGAGCUGUCGUGCUGCCGCUGGCGCUGGAUUCAUCUAUCCCCUUCUUGGGCCCAUCAUGACAAUGCCCGGUCUCCCCACACGCCCAUGCUUCUAUGACGUCGACAUCGAUCCGUCCACCGGAAAAGUCGAAGGACUGUUUUGAUGGCAUUCGCAGCUGACAGAUGAGUUUUA